CCUGUGGGGCCAGCGCGUCUGGGCCGCUCUCGGUCGUCGCCUCGGCGCGGCGGCUGCGCUCGUGGUUCUACGCCUUCGCGGUCCCUGGGCCGCGUCUCCCUCACCGCAUGUCCCCACAGCCGUGCGCCCUGCCUGCUCCGCCGGGUGCCGCCUUGGCCCGACCCCUCCCCGGAAAGAGGUGUGCAGUUCCGGGUCGCCGUGUGGUCCCUGUCGGCCGUAUCCCAGGGAGGCGUCCUCUGACCUUUGCACUUGGCGUCUCCGAACUUGGGCGCCUUCCCCAGUGACCCGGCUGUCCUGAGCCGGGGCCCCAGCACCCAGCAAGCACCAUGCCCUCCGGGGCAUAAAGGCCGGCGGGAUGACACCUAGGUGGCUGUGAGGAUGAUUUGUCCAUGUCGACCAAGGAGGGGCCAGAAGUUUCUAUACAGGAGGGGGGGAUUCCAGCUGAGUUUCGAAUAAGUGGGAAUUGGGAGGUGCUGAGGGGCAAGGGGCCAUUCAUUCCUUCAGAGGGAACAGAAUGUUCAAGACCUGCAGGUUUGAGACUGCCUGACAUAUUUUGGGAGAGACAGGGUGCUAGAGCUGGGGAUGGCAGGAAACUCAGGGGAAUUGGGGACAGGGAAGUGAUGUGAUCGGAUCGGAGUGUUAAAAGAGCCAUCUGGCAGGCGUAGGGAUGGUGGUGCUGGGUGACUGCAUGUGAUAAGAGGGCUUUUGCAGCCGUUUAGGGAAGAAGUUUUAGGACUGAAAAUCUGGAACUGGUAGUGGCGAGAACUUGGAGGAGGUCAGUUAUGGGUGUGAGAGGCUUACAGGGAUUUGUGAGAAGUAGCUGCCCACAUGUAUGUGUGGUAGUAAAUUUCAAAGAGCUGGCAGAACACCACCGAAGCAGGCAUCCUGGAGGGACUCCUACCAUCGUGGUCGACGCCAUGUGUUGCCUCAGAUACUGGUACACGCCGGAAUCUUGGAUCUGUGGUGGCCAGUGGCGGGAAUACUUUGCUUCUUUGCGAGAAUUUGUGAAAACUUUCACCGCUGUUGGCAUCAAGUUGAUAUUCUUCUUUGAUGGCAUGGUGGAGCAGUGCAAGAGAGACGAGUGGGUGAAACGAAGACUCAAGAACAACAGGGAGAUAGCCAAGAUCUUCCAUUAUAUCAAGUCCCACAGGGAGCAGCCUGGCAGAAACAUGUUCUUCAUCCCCUCAGGGCUGGCCAUAUUUACUCAGUUUGCUUUGAAGGCCCUGGGUCAGGAAACUCUGUGUUCAUUACAGGAGGCCGACUAUGAGGUGGCUUCCUGUGGCCUCCAGAACAACUGUCUUGGGAUUCUUGGAGAAGACACUGACUAUUUAAUUUAUGACACCUGUCCCUACUUUUCCAUCAGUGAGCUCUCCCUGGACAGUCUGGACACCAUCAUGCUGUGCCGAGAGAAACUCUGUCAGAGCCUGGGUCUCAGCCUGUCUGACCUUCCUCUUCUGGCCUGCCUGCUUGGCAACGACAUCAUCCCAGAAGGCAUGUUUGAAAGCUUUCGUUACAAGUGCUUGUCUUCUUAUACUUCUGUGAAAGAGAACUUUGACAAAAAAGGUAACAUUAUCUUAGCUGUAGCAGACCACAUAUCUAAAGUUCUUCGGUUGCAUCGAGGUGAGAAGAAGCUGGAAGAGAUGUUACCUUUGGGGCCAAACAAAGCUCUUUUUUAUAAAGGAGUGGCAUCAUAUCUUUUGCCAGGACAGAAAUCUCCAUGGUUUUUCCAAAAACCUAAAGGUGUAGUAACUUUGGACAAGCAGGUACUAUCCAUGAGUUCAGACCCUAAAUCCAAGCAAGAAGUUCCCAUGUGUACACACCCUGAAUCCAAGCAAGAAGUUCCCAUGUGUACAGACCCUGAAUCCAAGCAAGAAGUUCCUUUGUGUACACACCCUGAAUCCAAACAAGAGGUUCCCAUGUACACAGACCCUGAAUCCAAACAAGAAGUUCCCAUGUGUACACACCCUGAAUCCAAGCAAGAAGUUCCCAUGUGUACAGAUCCUGAAUCCAAGCAAGAAGUUCCCAUGUACACAGACCCUGAACCCAAGCAAGAAGUUCCCUUAUGUACACACCCUGAAUCCAGGCAAGAAGUUCUCUUAUGCACACACCCUGAAUCCAAGCAGAAAUUACCUGUAGGUACGGACCCUGAAUUUAACCUAGAAGCACCCCUGUGUACAAACCCUGAAAUUAAACAAGAAGAUCCUUUAAAUAUGGGGCCUGAAGUCAAGCAACAAAUAACUAUGGUUUCGGAUCCUGAAAUCUUAAAGGUCGCCAGAGCACAUCACGUCCAGGCAGAGAGCUACCUGGUGUACAACGUCAUGAGCAGCGGGGAGGUCGAAUGCAGCAACAGCCUGGAGGAUGCGAUGGACCAAGCUCUGCCCAGCCAGGCCUUCGUCUACCGCCCAGUGCGGCAGCGGGUAUACUUCCUCUUGCUGGGGGAUGGCGAAGGUGGUGCCAGCACCUGCCCCACUGUCAAGGAGUGGUUUGUGUACUCUGGGAACCCACUGAGGCAGCCGGACCUCGUCAGGCCUCUGCAGAUGAGCAUUCCAGAACAAAUUGUGACAGGUGAUGAAAAGUGGUUACUGUACAAUAAUGUGGAAUGGAAGAGAUCGUGGGGCAAGCGAAAUGAACCACCACCAACCAUACCAAAGGCCAGUCUUCAUCCAAAGAAGGUGAUGUUGUGUAUAUGGUGGGAUUGGAAGGAAGUCCUCUAUUAUGAGCUUCUUCCGGAAAACCAAACAAUUAAUUCCAACAAGUGCUGCUCCCAAUUAAACCAACUGAAAGCAGCACUCGAUGAAAAGCAUCCAGAAUUAGUCAACAGAAAAUACAUAAUCUUUCAUCAGGAUGAUGCAAGACCACAUGUUUCUUUGAUGACCAGGCAAAAACUGUUACAGCUUGGCUGGGAAGUUCUGAUUCAUCUGCUGUAUUCACCAGACAUUGCACCUUUGGAUUUCCAUUUAUUUUGGUCUUUACAAAAUUCUCAUAAUGGAAAAGCUUUCCGUUCCCUGGAAGACUGUAAAGGGCACCAGGAACAGUUCUUUGCUCAAAAAGAUAAAAAGUUUUGGGAAGAUGGAAUUAUGAAAUUGCCUGAAAGAUGGCAGAAGGUGGUGGAACUGAAGGGUAAAUACAUUGUUCAGUAAAGUUCUUGGUGAAAAUGAAAAAUGUGUCUUUUAUUUUUACUUAAAAACGGAGGGUACUUUUUGGCUAACCCAAUAGAAUGAUUUUUUAAAGUGUUGUUCAAGAAUCAGUGAGUAGGGCCUCCCUGGUGGCGCAAGUGGUUAAGAGUCCGCCUGCCGAUGCAGGGGAUACAGGUUUGUGCCCCGGUCCGGGAAGAUCCCA